AACAAACUGUUUAGAAUGGCUUUUUGUGGGACAUUAUGUGAGGGUUUCUUUGGCAGUGGCUUUCAAAGAGGGCGCCAACAUUCUUCCUUACAGGAAACGCGCCAAAACCCGUAUAGAUUCAUAAAAUUGAAAUGCUCAUUCAAGCAAAAGGUCGAACAGUUUCAGUUCAGAAUCAAAAUCAGCAAAACAAUGGCAGCAGUCUUUGGAUGGUACGGACCUCUAAUCGAUCUCUCCAAAGCGCCUUCCCAUGUCGGCGACUACGUUCAGCUUCUCGUCUUUGUUCACAAAUCCACCCCUGUUCAGUAUAAAUUGUCAAAAAAGGGAGGGAGUGGGAGCGGAGAGAUGGUAAGGAUGGACGUACAGGUGGGUGAUGACACGCGUCGAUAUUUUCCUGUAUCUAUAUGGCAAAAACAAUUGGGGUCCAAGAUUGUUGCUGGUGAUAUUAUUUUUCUACAGAAUGUCAAGGUUGCAAGAUUUAGAGAUGUUAUUGAAGUAAGAACUGAUCAUUGCUCAUUAAUUCAAAGCCUGGUUCGCUCAGAUGAAUUGCUUGUUUCUAAAGGUAUAGAUGAGGCAAUGAAAGAUUGUCGAAUUGGAAUAACAGCUAAGAACAAGCUUCACAAGGUUAUAGAAUGGUUGCAGCGAGCUGGACUUGCAAGUCAUGAUGUAGAAUUGAACAGCGACCAAAGUAAUAAGCAAAUGUUUAUAAAUUGGAAAAUGCAUGAAGAGGUACAGCACAAGGACUGUUUUUCUCUUAUGCAAUUAGAACAUCUACCUGAUGCUUCCAAGGCAACCUUCCAUGCUUCAGUUGGAGAAAUCUUUUUGCCGAUCACCUGGAGACAUAUCCCAGAAUCUGAAGUUGAAAAGAUGUUUAUCAGCAGGAGAAUGUAUAUGUUGGGAGAUAGAGAUUUCAUAGAGGAUCUUAUUUGUAAUGGCUGCCAGCUAUGUGGUACCCCUUUGUCUUCUGAAUUUGGGCCACCCAUGAAGCAAAACAGCUUCCCACUUUAUUGCCGGAAAAGCCAAAAUGGUCUCCAUGCUUUGAGCAUGAUAUACAGACCUUUCUUGUUGGGAAAGAGUAGCCAGAACAAGAUUGUACACUGCCAACCUUCCAUGCUGUGAGGAGGACCAAUGGUUAUUUUAUUGUUAUAUGUGUUGCAUGGCAAUUGGUGACCCUCUUUCCAGCGAUGCAGUCUAUUGAUUAUUUAAAAUAGAAAAGAAUAAAAUACAUAGGAAUUUUCGUUAUUCUCAAAUUGUAUUAUUUUGUAGUGAAAUUUUUUAUCUCUUUCCUUCUGCUCGCUUAGUCAAAUUUGCCUCAAAAUGUUACUGGGUUGAUUUUAGUGCACCUCUCUCAGCUGCGCACACAGACAAACUCAUAGGCAGAGAUAGAGAUUAUUAGUUUGUUUUGUGUACAUAGUCAUUGAAGUGGGCUGAAAAUACGAAUUGGAAUUGACUAGAUGAUGAUAGUGUUGUCUUUUGUUUUCUCAACUCUCGCCAAUAACAUAACCAGUAUAUAUUUGUGAACCCUGUAGAAUAGCACUUGAAAACCAAUGCUCGUUCUGAGGGUUGGAAGAACGGAUUUGAAGGUUUUGAAUGCCCAUACCCUUUGCUUGGGCUUAACUAAAUUUAACAUUCUGGGAACAGAAUAAUUAGUAAUUAUGGUUAUCAUAAAUCAAUUACUUGGAACUUAAUUUAGGUGAUUAUAUUUGCACUCCACAUUUUUCUUUUAAUCAACUUGACAGAAUUUCCAUAGACCAAAUUCUAGCACCGAUGAAGCCCUCUAAUACAUAAUUG